AUGGGUCUGAUGUUGAAGAAGCCCGAGGGCGUGGCUGGCUCUACCGCGCCGGCCAUUCUCGUCGGUUUGUUCGUUGCCUUUGGUGGUGUUCUUUACGGAUAUGACACUGGUACCAUUGGUGGUAUCUUGGGCAUGAAGCACUGGCGAGAUCUCUUCAGCACUGGCUUCAUCAACAAGAAGGAUGGUGAGCCCGACGUCACCGCCGAGCAAACCUCUUUGAUCGUCUCUAUCCUCUCCGCUGGUACUUUCUUCGGUGCCUUGACCGCCGCACCUACUGCUGAUCUCUUGGGUCGCCGCCUGGGUCUCGUCAUCUCCACCGUUGUCUUCUGUGUCGGUGUCGUUCUCCAGACUAUUGCUACUGCUAUCCCCAUGUUCGUUGCUGGUCGUUUCUUCGCCGGUUACGGAGUUGGUAUGAUUAGUGCCAUCAUUCCUCUUUACCAGUCCGAGACCGCCCCCAAGUGGAUUCGUGGUGCCAUUGUCGGUUGCUACCAAUUUGCCAUCACCAUUGGUCUGCUGCUCGCUGCCAUUGUCGACAACGCCACCAAGGACAGACCUGACACCGGCUCUUACCGUAUCCCCAUUGCCGUCCAGUUUGCUUGGGCCAUCGUCAUCUUCGUCGGCUGCAUCUGGCUUCCCGAGACUCCCCGCUGGUUCAUCAAGAAGGGCCGCCCGGAACAGGCUGCCAAGUCUCUCUCCACUCUCCGCCGCCUUGAUGUUGACGACCCCUCCCUCGUUGAGGAGCUCGCUGAGAUCACCGCCAACCACGAGUACGAGAUGUCUCUCGGUAAGGCCUCUUACUUCGACUGCUUCCGUGGAAACCUCGGCAAGCGCCUGGCGACUGGUUGCCUGCUCCAAUCUCUCCAGCAACUUACCGGUGUCAACUUCAUCUUCUACUACGGAACUUCCUUCUUCCAGAACUCUGGUAUCAAGAACGCCUUCGUCGUCACCAUGAUUACCUCUUGUGUCAACGUCGCCUCCACUGUCCCUGGUCUCUACCUCGUCGAGAAGUGGGGUCGCCGCAACCUCCUCCUCUUCGGUGCCGUCGGCAUGGCCGUCUGCCAAUUCAUCGUCGCCAUCACCGGUACCGUUGCCGGCGUUGACAACAUUGCUGCUCAACAGGCGCUCAUCGCCUUCGUCUGCAUCUACAUCUUCUUCUUCGCCUGCUCAUGGGGCCCAGUCGCCUGGGUCGUGACUGGUGAGAUUUUCCCCCUCAAGGUCCGCGCCAAGUCCCUCUCCAUGACCACGGCCUCCAACUGGCUCCUCAACUUCGCCAUCGGAUACGCUACCCCUUACAUGGUCAACUCUGGCCCCGGCAACGCCAACAUGGGUGCAAAGGUCUUCUUCGUCUGGGGCGGAUGCUGCUUCGUCUGCAUCUUCUUCGUCUACGGCUUGAUCUACGAGACAAAGGGUCUCUCCCUCGAGCAGGUCGACGAGCUCUACGGCAAGUGCGCGCACGCAUGGAAGUCGCCCGGUUUCGUUCCUUCCGUCUCUUUCCAGGACGUCCAGGACAUUGGUGCCAACAACCGCAGUGCCAGCCUUACCGAUAUUGAGGCUGAUGCUCAGCGCAAGAGGAGCGCUACUUACAACGAGAAGCUCGCUGUUUAAAGAAAUAGUGCGCUGGAAUGACAUGUGUUAAUCUAAUUAACGAGCUGCUCCAUAUAAACACGAUUGGUUUUAUGACUAUAUCGUUCUGAGCAUAUGCGCCAGGGCGGCGCGAGAUCUAUAUCUGUAUAUAACGCCUUUUAUUGUCUACGAGUUACGAGUUAUUAUAUCCAUCAACUUAUCGUUAAUCUUUACCAUUGUUGA